UCUCGCAGUCAUAGCUCUGUUCUUUUUGAGCUUUCGAGGCAGUGACUACUCUGACUCAGCCGAGUGUGCCAGCAGAAGCAGCAGAAGCAAUCGAUCGAAUCAGAAGUUUUAGCACAUCAAAAGUGAAAAUGUUUGGAAGCAAAUCGACCGUCGCCCUCUUGGUGCUAGCCUUCGUGGCCUCCACUUAUGGACUGCACUUCUAUGAGGAAGGUAUGCCCAUCAGCAGCGAGGAAGCUAACCGUCGCCAUUUAACUCUGUCGAAAUCCAAUAACACCUUCACCACAACUGCCGAUUCUGGCUUCGGAGUUACAACCACCGAAGGUUACAAGAUUCAUUACUACAAAGCCCAGAGCGUUUACGGAGAGUUCACAGUCGUCUCAGGUGGUGUUGGACACAACAGCAUCAGCUUCGAGUACAAAAACCCAAGUGGAAAGGAGGACAAGUUCCUCGUAAACGUGGAAGCUUCGGCUGACAUCGACAAGAUCUGGCCAAGCAGCCCAAGAAAAAUGAGAACCAUCCAGUGAUUUCGCCAUUAAGCAGUUUUUAAUUUUUUUAUAACUAGCCAACGAAAUGUUACGCUAUUUUUUUAAUUUUUUCACUUUUUAAACUAUCGAUUAAACAUGUGUGAUUAUUUGUAAAUUCAAUUGCUCGCAAUAAAGAUGUUGAGAGACUAUAA